AUGGCUGUGACUCUUCGUUCAGGCAAAGUAUUGGAUGAUCCUAUCACUAAACCCAAGACUAAACCAAGUGAAAAGCAAGAUAGGAGCAAAAUUGCUAUUGAAAGUGAAGGAAUUGGAGAUUCGGAGAAUGGCUCACGCAAAAAGACUCAAGAUGAAGAUAAUCAAUCUUAUGCAAUGUUCUUGAAGGAGAUAGUGUCUAAUACAAAGAAGUUAGAAGACUUUGUAGAGAUGUCUCUUAUUGAGGAAUGCAGUGCAGUGCAUGUUAAUUUGAUGGCUCUACCAUUUUUCAAGAAAUUAAACUUUGCCAAUUUGGGGCCUACUCAAGCGAUUCUACAACUGACUGAUCGUUCAGUGCAUUAUCCUAUUGGUAUUAUAGAAGAUUUAUUAGUUAAAUUCGAUAAAUUUUAUUUUUCUGCUGAUUUUCUUAUUCUUGACAUGGAGGAGGAUAUUUCUAUGCAAAUUAUCCUUGAUAGAGGAUUUUUAGCUACUGGAUGGGCUAAUAUAGACUUACUUGAAGGAAAAUUGACUUUAAGGGUUGGUAAAGAGAAAGAAGAAUUUAAUGUUUUUGAACCCUUAAAAUACCCUUCGUAUGAGGAGUCUUGUUCCUAUAUUACUAUUUCUAACGAUUUGUAUGGUGAAAAAUAUGUAUUACAGCAAGAUGUAGAGGUCACCCCCUUGCAAAAUCAUCAUGCAUAUUUUUCUUCAACAGUUCAAAAGCACAAUGGAGAUGUGAAAAAUUAUGCAAAAUCGCAGGCACAUGCUAAGGAAAUUGUGAAAUCAUCCGAACCAUUUCAUCCAUCAUAA